UGCUUCGAGCAAACUGAGCUUUGUCUUCAAACUUGAAAGAUGACAGUGAUCAUUCAUAUUCGUGACAGAGAAGUUGAAAAGUUCUCAACUCCGCAGUUGUAAAAUGUGAUGCACAUGUAGAAACAAGGCUUGCAUCGUGUUUUCUAAUUUACCUACAUAGUUUGUUCAUUUAUGUGCCAUACGUAAGAAAAGCGAAAAAAAAUAAACAACCUAAUCAUUGCGUUCGUGUGGACCCAGCGUGAAUAAACAAAAAGCGGAGAACUGUCAAAAAUAUUGACUGUCAACAUGAACUACUUGAGAAGAGAUAACGAGCGCCUGAUCAGCAAUGAGACUGUUCUCACAACGGCACCUAGCGCAAAUACCGAAUCUAGCCAGGAAUGUACCAGAGGUGCAGGAUCGUUGGCUACAAUCUUUUUAAUAGUGAACGCUACGCUGGGUGCUGGUCUGUUAAAUUUUCCACAAGCAUUUGACAAGAGUGGCGGAGUGAUAACCUCUGUAUUAGUGCAGCUGGUCUUUCUUAUUUUUAUUACAACUGCAAUAAUAGUUUUAGCACAUUGUAGCGAUAGCACUAAUAGCUCAUCGAUGCAGGAUACCUUAGCUGGACUAUGCGGACCUAAGUCAUUAACGUUCUGCGCUAUUUGCGUGGUUGUUUAUAGCUUUGGUUGCUGCAUUACAUUUCUAAUCGUCAUAGGCGAUCAAUUCGACAGAGUUUUGGCAACCGUAUAUGGCACCGAUUUUUGUCACUACUGGUACCUUUCAAGAGGAUGUACAACGACUCUAACUUGCUGUAUCCUCAUCCUUCCAUUAUGUUUUUCAAAACGAUUGGAUGUGUUAAGCUAUGUCAGUUCUCUCGGCUGUUUGGCAGUAAUCUAUGUCGUAUGGUUGAUAGUUUAUAAAAGUUAUAUAAUAAACGGGGAGCCCUCGAAGCCAAUGAAAAUGUGGCCCAUCCAUUGGACUGAAAUAUUUCAAGUGGUUCCUGUGGUGUGCUUCAGUUACCAGUGCCACAUGUCUGUGAUUCCUAUGUAUGCCUGCAUGAAGGAUCGAAAACUUGGGAAGUUCACUGUUUGUGCAAUCGUCAGUAUGCUAGUUUGUUUCAUAGCGUACACCAUAGCUGGGAUAUUCGGCUACUCGACAUUUGGAAUUGGAAAGGUACCCGAUGACAUUUUGCAGGGAUACUCGGAUGGCGGAACAUUUUUGACAGUUGCAAUUGUUGCGAUCGCGCUUAAAAAUGUUACAACUUACCCAAUAAUUUUAUUUUGUGGCCGCGAAGCAUUCCUUGGCCUUUGCACUGAGUACGUUCGGUCUCUUUUUAUGUCCAGAAUAAUUAUAUCCCUGGUUUGGGUUACCCUCAACUUAGUCAUAGCUAUAACGGUGUCUGAUAUUACACCAGUUAUAAAUUUGAUGGGUUCCUUGUCGGCAGCUUUCAUUUUUAUUUUCCCAGGUAUUUGCCUGCUUCAAAAUACUCUAAUAAAAGAUCCAUACUUGUGCCUGAACAAAGAUAAGUUUAUUGUAAUUUUUGCGGCGUUUAUGUUAGCCGUCGGCGCGUUUGUUUGUGGCGUUGUCUUUGUAGAGUCCAUCCAGGAUAUGCUCAGGGAAAAAUCAACCUCGUCACUCAUCACAGGUUUUAGAAUGGGACUCAGAGAUAGCUUGUGCGUUUGAAAUUGAAAAAUGGCUUUCACAUUCGAGAAGGGAAUUACGGUUUAGAUGAGAGCUAAAAAAAAACACCUUGCUAUACAAAUAUGUACGAUAUCGUCGCAAACGAUAAAAUAUAAGUAAUUUUAUAGGUAAUUAUAAUAUUAUACAGUGAAUCUUUGUUAUAAUGAUUAUCGAAUUAAGACUGACAUUUUACA